UAUUUCGCGCGGUGUGUGUGCGUCGGGCGGUGCGGGAGGCCGUGCGGACGGUUGGUUGACGGGGACAGUUUGAUUCAUUUGAUGAGGAAUCAAUGAUCCGCGUUUGAUGGUCACACUGGAACCCGGCGCCUGGUGCAAAGAACUAUAGAGAGAGGUUGAGCAGGCUGGGACUAUUCCUUGGAGCGCAGAAGGAUAAAGGAGUACUUACCCAGGAUUGAUGAGAUGGCCACUACUGAAACUGCUGAAUCAGGAAACAAAAUGGGAGAUAAAACAGUCAGCAAUAAGGUGCCAUGUCCGUUAAAAGUACUCUACUGUGGAAUCUGUUCAUUGCCAACAGAGUAUUGUGAGUAUAUGCCUCAGUAUACCAAGUGCAGGCAAUGGCUGGAGAAGAACUGCCCAGAGGAAUUUGCAAAACUCAGUAUAGACACUGGCCUUACUAUCUCCAGUCAAAGUUGCUAUGCUGCUGCAAAGGCCUAUUCAUCUACAAACCCACACGUCUUUAAGAUGGGGGUGGAAAUUGGAGCACCCAGAGGAAGCCAACAUGAUCACAAUCAGUCUACACAACCCGAUUCAGGAGGAGGAGAGCCGCCAGCUGGAGAGGAGGAAGAAAAGAAAAAACAAAGACGAGGUGGCAGAGGUAUAAUUAAACAAAAGAAAAAGACAGCCCCUCAAAAGGUUACAAUAGCCAAAAUCCCAAGAGCAAAAAAGAAAUAUGUAACAAGAGUCUGUGGCCUUGCAACCUUUGAGAUCGAACUUAAAGAAGCCCAACGAUUCUUUGCUCAGAAGUUCUCCUGUGGAGCAUCCGUUACAGGAGAAGAUGAAAUUACAAUUCAGGGUGAUGUAACAGAUGAUAUUAUGGAUGUAAUUCAAGAGAAAUGGCCAGAGGUGGAUGAUGACUCAAUUGAAGAUCUUGGAGAAGUAAAGAAGUGACCAGCACUUUUAUUGUUCGUUUCAACUGGUGGAAGAUAUUUGGACAAACAGUGAUAAGGCUUUUUAUUACAGAUAUCCCCUCUAGUCAAAUGUCCUCAAUGGAUUUGAGGCUAUUUUCUUGUACUUUGGUUGCCAAAGCUCCUGUGAAAAUUCUGGAUUAUGCUUUAAAAAAAGAACAUUGAGUGCACUAAGAUCCUUAGUUUAAUAAAAUAUCUGUUUUGAUCUCUU